AUGAAACAUACAUUGAAAUGGGGUGAUGAAAUCGAAUAUACACUAGUUCGCUUCGAUCCUGUCACGCACAAAGCACAACUCUAUCUCGGUGCUUCAGAACUGCUCAAAACAAUGAAGAGAGAAGAGAACGAUACUGGUGGUGAGAUUACCUGGCAACCUGAAUAUGCUGAAUAUAUGAUAGAAGGAGUUCCUGGAAUACCUUUUGGAAGAUUACUGCAUGCAUUCAGUACUGUUGAAUGUAAUAUGAGAAAGCGAAGAUUAGAAUUGAUGGCUCAUCUUCCUCAGGAUUGUGUUGCCCUAACUAUAUCUGCAUUCCCGAGACUAGGCUGUGAGGAAUUUUGUUAUCCAGCUGCCAAUCCAACUCCUGAUAGUGGUGUUUCAAGGAGUCUAUUCUUUCCAGAUGCUGCUAUCAACCAAGGACAUCCACGUUUCAAAACACUGACGCGUAAUAUACGUGAACGUCGUGGAGCUAAAGUUGCUAUCAAUGCUCCUGGCAUGUUGUAUUGA